AUGGAUACAGCUAGACCGCGCCAAGAAAGGAAACCAGAAAAAGAUACAGCUAUAUCGCGCCAAGAAAUGAAGGAUCUGAAUCUGUGUAAGAAGAUAGUGGAAACACUGGGUGGUGAAGGUCCUCAAAGGGUUGUCCUGAUUGGAAAAUCUGGAAUCGGUAAGACACGGCUGGCACAAAAGGUAGGUGAGUAUGCAGCUAAGGAAGGCUUGUGCUACUUGACUCUCUGUUUGCAUCUCAACAAGAGGUUUGACGAUGAGCUCUCGCUUUAUGAGAACAUAGCUUUCCAAAUGGAAGUGUACGAUAGAGAGGAGACCAAGGCAAAAGACUUGUUGAAGGAGAAGAUAAGUGCAGAGCUCAGCAGAAAGAAGAGAGAUGAGGACAAAAUAAAGCUUGUGGCUGAGAAAAGUGCUAAGAAGUUGGCUCGAGGAGAGAAGAAACAGACUUCAACUGCUGCAACAGUGCCAUAUCUGCUAUUGAUACUUGACGACGAAGGAAACAAGACAAGUGAAGAUAAGGUGAUGAAGGAUUUGGGCCUUGACAGUUUCCUUAAUGAAUAUGAAUCAAAUCUAAAAGUUCUUAUUACAAGAAGAGAAAGAGAAGGGAACACUACAGAGUGUGAUGACGAAAUUAAGUCACGGGAUACAAAGAGUGAGGAUAACACUGAACCCUGUGACCUAGAAGAGCCACAUGAUACAAGGAGUGAGGUAGUAGCUGAGCCAGAUGCAGAUACAAAGUUUCACGGGGAAAUUGAGUUCCAUACCACAGAUGAGUCACAGGCUUUACAUGAAACCCUUACCGAGGAUGGCAUGCUGGAUUUAUUUGAGUCCCUUAUUGAGGAUAAGUCAAGGCAUUUGCUUGAGUCCCUCCAGAAAGAUUGGAAGAUUGUGGUGAAAAAAAGCAUGAGUUUUCCCGCCGCAAUCGUCGUGCUUGCCAAGUCCUUAAACUGCAUUACUCGUCAGAAAGCUUUCAAGAGCUUUUCUCCAAAACAAGAGAAGGUUUUAAAGGAAGGUUUAUCCCACUGUGAGCCAGCCUGUUCAGAUUCUGGAUACAAUCCUAUUCUGCAUCUUGCUUAUGAGCUGUUGGAAACCGAUGAUGCAUUGAAGAGUGCCAUCAUUGAUUGUUUUUGGCAUAGUUUGGACUUUUUUAUGCACUGUGGCUGCGUUUAUUACCGUCACUUGAUCACACAAUGGAUACUUGAAGGCUACUUUGAUCCGGUUCGAUCUGUUAAGAAAGCUUAUAAGGAAGGUCAUGAUAUCUUGUUGGAGCUUAUAAACCGCGGUAUUCUAAAGACGCAAGAGGAUGAUAUGGUUGUACCAGAGAUGGCAAUGAGCAAUCUAAUCGAUCUUCGUCUUCAUGGGCUCUUAGGCAGAUCUCGGCUCCGGUUUGCUAGGGUUUAUGGUGAUGACAAGAAAGGUCUAGGGAAUAUCACCCAGAUAGAUGAUAUGAUAAAAACGGUGCAAGCCAAAAAAGGAGAAAAUAUUUUCACAAUUCUAGUAAGUGGAAACCGUUUGCGUCGUGAAACACCUAAGGAGUUCUUUGAACAGCCGCAGAUGAAGGAUCUUGAAGUACUUGGUCUUUUUAAACCCACAUUGGAACAUCUUCUCCAGUCUUUAAGCAAACUCAAUCAACUCCGAGUUCUUGUGAUCAGGGACUAUGAUCUACUGCCAAGUAUGGAGGAGCUUAAGGAUCUACGAAGGCUUGAGGUUCUUGAAGUUUCCGGCGCUAGCUCUGUGAAAAUUAUCUCCGAUGACGUCUUUCUGGCAGUGCCCAAACUUCAAAGUCUUAACCUCUCUGGACUUGGGAUCAUAUCUUUACCAGCCAGCAUUUCUCAACUAAAGCAGCUUUACAGUCUCAUCCUAAGAGACAUCUUCAACCUAGAAGCUCUCCCAACCAUUGAGGGACUCAAAAGCCUCGAGGUCUUUGAUGUUUGUGGGUGUACUAAGUUGCACAAAAUCGAGGGGUCCUUUAAGGACAUGUCUUACCUGCGUGAAGUUAAUCUCUCUGGCACCAGAAUAGAAGCCUUACCAGAGUUGCCAUUGAAGAGCAGUAUAUGUUGUUCAAAGCUUUUUGUUCAUGCAGACUCAAGAAGAAUGAUACAUGAUACUUGGAGCCAAGUAAAGGAAGCCAUAACAAAUGGGAUGUCUGAGAGUCUUAGCUGUUCUGAUAUGGUCGACCGAUUACAAGAAAUCUCAAGAAAGGAGCCAGGAAGAGUGGAUGAACUUUGGGCCUUUGAUUGUCCUGAAAAGAAAGGUCGCGGCGCAGAACAUUUUCGCCAAGGCCAUAGAUACAGGGAUGUCUAUAUGAACACAAUACCAUUUGUUGAUACCAAAAGUUAUCAGGAAGUCCUUGAGAUCCGAGGAUCUAAUGCCAUAGAUCAAGACAAGGAAACCUUAGCUAAGGCUGAGUUUGUGGUUUUUGUGGACAUUGGCGCCGCAAGUCUUUCAUCUAUUUUCAAUGAUUUGAAAUCAGUGAAAGGUUGUUGGGUGGAGAUGUGCGGGGACAUAGAGAAUCUUUUCUCUGGUGUAGAUGAGGAACGUCUCAGAAACCUGGAGACUUUGUCAAUUACCAAUCUUGGACGGCUAGAGAGUAUAUACAGCAGCAGCAGCUUCAAAAAUUUGAAGAAACUAAACAUAGAUUGCUGCCCGAGUAUUAAAUCGCUUUUCCCGGACGCAUCUCAGCUGCCUGGCAGCUUAGAAGUCUUGAAAAUAAAGUCUUGUGAGAAGCUGGAGAAUGUGUUUAUCCAAGUCGUCGAGGUGCCGAAUCUGCACACACUCUGCCUUUUUAAGUUGCCCAUGCUAUCCACUAUUGGUGCUAUGUUUCCUAAGCUGGUGACAUGCAAACCAGACCAAUGCCCAGAGUUGAAAACUGCAAUCUUCAUGGUGAGUCUAAUGUUAUGCCUAUCACCACACUGCAGUGUGUUUUCAAUCGUUGGGUCCUCUUGCUCGUGUUACUGUUUUGAAGUUCCUAAGUAG